AUGAUCCGAUGCAGGGCGAGCUGUGACGAUUUGAGGAGCGCCCUCUCCUCUCCUCUCACGGGGGAUACCACCCUCGAACUCUCCGGAGACGCCGACUGCCCCAUCCUCGAAGACAAUGAGCUGGAGGAGUUCACUGUCGAGGGCGGAACGCUGACCCUCACCGGCCCGUCCACCACCAAAUUCACGAACCUCAAGUUCACCAUCAUGGACCAGGCUGGCCUAAUCUUCGACUACGACACGACUGAGUUCGGCCCCAACCUUGGCUAUGUAAGAUGCGUCCGUCCAUUCCUCUUUUGUGUGCAAGCAAUUCAGAAUGUUGCGAGGUUAUCAUGAACACGUCUGGCGGGUGGGGGCUGGGGGGGGGGCAUGCGUAGUACGAUUCUGCGUAGUACGAUUCUGUGUUUGGUAGACUUUGCAGGCGAGUCACGCUCGUAAUACCGUUGGUGAUGGUCUCCAAAUCCCUUUUCGGGAAUACAUCUCCUAUUGUAGAGACAGCAUGUGGUUUCAUUACACGCGUUGCGCCGUUGAAAUAAUUUCGGGGCAAUCUUGUUUCUCUUCGGCAGCUUACAGCGGUGGGUUGUAUCGCGCGGCGAUUCCGGGGUGAUUUUGAAGGCCGGAAAGUUGUGGUGUACAUCCUGGCACACCUUUUGGAACGCCGGGGGUUACUUAUUUGAGUUCCACAGCUUAUCUGCUUUCGGGCCGAAGGUGGUUGUAAGAACGUAUCUACCCUAGUUUUUUCCUCUCUCGUCGGAAAGUUGACACCAAAACACACGACGGACACACGAGUCUUUUUUCUUUUUGCAUGGAACAGAGCCAGCUGCUUUGGCAAGUACUUCGAAGUACCAAAUUGGUUGACCCCCAC